AUCACCCUGAUACACUCACGUUCAGUGUCCUGCUUCUGAUCUAUUUAACCACCUGUUCGGACCUGUAAUCAACUCUAAACCCCAACCCCCCCCCCGGCGAGAUAAGCAAGGGAAAACAACCACAGCAUACAUACAUCCCCACGUCAUCCUCCACAUCAACCGUCACCAUGGGUAAAGGCGGUCGCAUUGUCUGCAUCUUCACUCCAUAUGUCCUCACCAUCGCCUCCUUAAUAUGUAUCAUCAUGGUGGGCCUGGGCUGCACAAAAUCCAGCUCCAGCACGCUAAAUGAUCUCUACUUCUUCAGAGUACGUCUCAAGAACAUUACCUCCGAAGCCUCUUCCACCGCAUCAACAGUAUCCUCCGUCGUGAGUGACCUGACCGGUGUUUCGGAUGGCGAUCUCUCCGCUGCGCUCGAGGAAAUCGAGGAACAAUACAACAUCGAGGACUUCUAUGCCAUUGGUCUCUGGGGCUACUGUGAAGGAAACAUCACCUCCAACAACAGCUACCAAACCAGCAACUGCUCCAAGCCCGAGGCCGAGUUCUGGUUCAACCCUAUGGAGGUCUGGAACCUGGAAGAGACCGGUCUGGAGAAUGCCCUUCCCAGCAACGUCAAGAGCGCCCUGAACACCUACAAGGCCGUUUCUAAGUGGAUGUUCAUCGCCUACGUCAUCGCCUUCGCUCUCACCAUCGUCGAGCUGAUCGUCGGUGUCUUUGCGAUCUGCAGUCGCUGGGGUAGCUGCGUGACCAGCUUGGUGUCUGCUGUCGCUUUCCUCUUCACCGCUGCCGCUUCCGUCACUUCCACCGCCAUGUUCGCCGUCCUCAAGGGCGUCUUCAAGUCCGAUCUCGAGCAAUACGGCAUCAAGGGUCAAAUGGGCAAGAACAUCUACGUCGCCACCUGGCUCGCGGUCGCCUUCUCUCUCGGAGCCACUCUCUUCUGGAUCAUCAGCUCCUGCUGCUGCUCCGGUCGCUCCCCUUACAACCACCGCAACCGCAAUCGCGCUGUCAUGGCCGAAAAGACUCCCUACACCUACGAGGCUCUGGGCCCUCACGGCCAGACCCAGCCGAUCCCUUACAACAACACCUCUUACCCUCCCCCGCCUCCGAUCCACAACAACCAGACCACGGGUCGCACGAACGCCUAUGAACCCUUCCGUCAUGCUUAAAUGAUGGUCUACCACCAACAUCAAUCACAAAAAAACUUCCUGAAUACAAAAGGAAGGAAUUCAACAUUUGUUCAUACUGGCGUUCUGGUUUGGGUUAGCUCGGUCAUGACAACAACAACCUGAUGAUGACAUUUUUUUAUAUUUGUGUAUUUUGUUUCCAGCCAAGAAAAGGCAGGAAAGCUAGUGUGCAUACCCGUGAUACCCCGAGUAUGGAGGGUUUGGAACUUGGAUUAUAGAGCCCUUGGUCCGGUCUGAUUCAUUCAGUGCUGGGACUCUUGGCAUGAUGAAUUAAUGCUAGUUGCAUCCAUCUAUUGUAUAUGAAUUGAAAAUAUCUACCUUUAUACAUUUUUA